CUGUGCAUUCUUCACUGAGAUCCUGAUUCACUGAAGUCCACAAUGAAAACCAUGUUUGUAUUACCUCUCAUGAUGAUUUUUGUGUGUUUCCUCUUCUAUGAUGAUGUUAGAGGUGACGUGUCAGACACGAGAGGUAGGAUCCACGCCUUACAGUCAUUGAUAUACGACAACGCCAAAACCACCGUCACACUGGAACCUGCAGAACUGAAACAACUCAUCGAUUUAUCCGGAUCAUUUGCAAAACCCCCUCCAAGAGUGAGUUUUUCUGUUCACGUCAAAUCCAAAAUCUUGAAACUGAAACCAGACCAGACAGUGAUAUAUGACGGGAUCCUGACGAACGAUGGGAACGGAUAUGACGUCAGAACGGGGGUGUUCGUGUGUCCUGUGACGGGAACCUACAUGUUUAUCGCAGAUUCUCUUUCUCCUAAAAAUAACAUCCUACAUGUUGUCAUCAACAAGCAUACGGUAGCAGCUCUUCAGGCAUCGAUUUCACACGACAAUAACCCUUGGAUUCAGAGCAGUAGAACUCUCAUCGUCAAUGCGAAAAAGGGUGACCAUGUCAAAGUUGUUAAUGUUGUAAACAACGGCGUCAUUUACCACAAUUACUACUCCGGUUUCUCCGGGACAUUAUUGUAUUGAACAGAGUUUUCAAUGUGUCUGAAUAGACGAAAAAUGAAAUCUUGGUAAAAGGGUAAUAAAACAAUGAAAUGGUU